AAACCAAAAAGACGAAAAGCUAAAGUUCAUAUACAUUUCUUAUAAACUUCUCUUUCUUGAUCCUCCCUCCCCGCCUGUGUAGGUGGGGCUGGCAGCUGCGUGCUAGUACUCUUAUUUAAACCCCCAAAGGUUAGUUCUUUGCAUGUGUUUUUAUGAAAGUAGUUUUUUUUUCUUCCAUUUAUCAUCUUUUUCUUCUAUCCCCUUUAGACGAAAAAAAUGACAGAAAUUGAGAAAGUUAAUAAUGAAACAAAGAAGCUAAGCAAGAGCUAUUUUGAUGUACUUGGGAUAUGCUGUACAUCAGAAGUUGCUUUAGUUGAGAAAAUUCUCAACAAUCUUGAAGGGGUCAAGGAGGUUUCAGUGAUUGUCACAACCAAGACAGUCAUUGUGCAUCAUGAUUCUCUCCUCAUUUCUCAGCAGCAAAUUGUUAAAGCAUUGAAUCAAGCAGGACUAGAGGCAAGUAUAAGAGUAAAUGGAGAGAAAAACUACCAAAAGAAAUGGCCAAGUCCAUUUGCAAUUGGUAGUGGAAUCUUGCUUGCUCUAUCAUUUUUGAAAUAUUUUUUUGCACCUCUCCAAUGGUUAGCACUUGGUGCCGUUGCUGUUGGAAUUCCUCCUAUUAUUUUUAGGGGUGCAGCUGCUGCCCGCAACCUCACACUUGAUAUCAACAUUCUUGUCUUAAUCGCAGUUGCUGGAUCAAUUGUUUUGCGUGAUUAUUGGGAAGCUGCUACUAUUGUGUUCUUAUUCACUAUUGCAGAAUGGCUAGAGUCAAGGGCAAGUCACAAGGCUACUGCUGUUAUGUCAUCACUGGUCAAUAUAGUUCCUCCUACUGCAGUUUUAGCUGAAAGCGGAGAAGUAGUAAAUGUCGAUCAAGUCAAAUUGAAUAGCAUUCUUGCUGUGAAAGCUGGUGAAACUAUACCAAUUGAUGGAAUUGUAGUGAUAGGGGAAUGUGAUGUGGACGAGAAGACUUUGACAGGCGAGUCAUUUCCAGUUACUAAGCAAAAAGAUUCGAGGGUCUGGGCAGGAACUACAAAUCUAAAUAGUUAUAUCAGUGUUAAGACUACAGCUCUGGCUGAAGAUUGUGCCGUGGCUAGGAUGGCGAAGCUUGUAGAAGAUGCUCAGAACAAGAAGUCAAAAACUCAAAGAUACGUUGACAAAUGUGCUAAAUAUUACACACCAGCAAUUGUGGUUAUAGCUGCUUGUUUGACAAUAGUUCCUGCUGCAUUAAGGCUUCACAAUCGAAAAGAAUGGUAUCGCGUGUCUUUGGUCGCUCUAGUGAGUGCAUGUCCAUGUGCACUUGUGCUAUCUACACCAGUUGCCAUGAGUUGUGCACUUUCAAAGGCAGCAAUAUCAGGUCUUCUGUUCAAAGGAGCAGAGUACCUUGAGACUCUUGCUAAAAUAAAAAUCAUGGCUUUUGACAAAACUGGGACAAUAACUCGAGGAGAGUUUGCGGUGACUGAGUUCAGGUCUCUCAUUGAUGACCUUAGCCUCAGUACACUUCUUUACUGGGUUUCAAGCAUUGAGAGCAAGUCAGGUCAUCCGAUGGCAGCUGCUCUGGUUGACUAUGCACAAUCAAAUUCCGUUGAGCCAAGGCCUGAUAGAGUGGAGCAGUUUCAAAUUUUUCCUGGGGAAGGGAUUCAUGGAAGAAUUGAUGGAAUGGAAAUCUAUGUAGGGAAUAGGAAAAUUUCUUCAAGAGCUGGAUGUACCACGGUGCCAGAAAUAGAAGGUGACAGUUUACAAGGGAAGUCUGUCGGAUAUGUAUUUUUGGGAUCCUCUCCAGCUGGACUUUUCAGUCUUUCUGAUGUUUGUCGAACUGGCGUAAAAGAUGCAAUGAGAGAACUGAAGCAGAUGGGUAUAAAAACUGUGAUGCUCACAGGCGAUUGUUAUGCAGCUGCCAACCAUGUCCAGGAUCAGUUGGGUGAAGCUUUGGAUGAGUUUCAAGCAGAACUCUUACCAGAGGACAAGGUGACAAUCAUUAAGGGAUUUCAGAAGGAAGCUCCAACAGCCAUGAUAGGUGACGGCCUCAAUGAUGCUCCUGCAUUAGCAACAUCUGACAUUGGUAUCUCAAUGGGAAUCUCAGGGUCAGCGCUUGCUAAAGAAACAGGACAUGUUAUACUAAUGACAAAUGACAUUGGAAGGAUACCGAAAGCUGCACGUCUUGCUAGAAGAGUUCGAAGGAAAGUAAUUGAGAAUAUGUUGAUAUCAAUCAGUGCAAAGGUUGCCAUAGUUGCAUUGGCAAUAGCAGGUCAUCCAUUGGUUUGGGCUGCUGUCCUUGCAGAUGCUGGGACAUGCUUGUUAGUUAUUUUGAACAGCAUGCUACUUCUAAGAGGAGCUACACGUAGACAUCGGAAAAACUGUUGUAAAUCUUCUACUGCUUCAAUUGCUCACUGCCACAAAAACAAAGCUUCUUGUUGCAAGUCGGAAAAGGGUCCUCAACUAUGUUUCUCUGACAUUGAGUCACAAGAUAAAUGUGGAAAGAAAUCAUGCUUGUCCGAGGUGUGUGUUCCAAGAUGUCAACCUGUCUCCUCAGGAUCAAAGUCAUGUAGAAAUAAUCAGUCCUCAGACUCAAUUCAAAAUACUGGUCUUCAUUCUCAUCCGCAUCCUCAUUGCUGCUCAUCCAAGAUGUCUGUUACACCAUGCCAGUCUGCAGUUUCAGAAUCAAAGUCAUGUGGAAGUAAAAGUUGCUCAGACUCCAUUCACAAGAGUUGUUGUCAUUCUUUGACAAACUCACAUAUAUAUUCUUCACAGAUGUCUUCUCCACGAUGUCAUUCUGCCACUUCAAGCUCCAAAUCAUGUGUAAGUACCAAGAGCUCCAACAUCACUGAGAAAAAUUGUUGUCGAUCUCACGAAAUUCCUCAAACAUGCUCUACCAAGAUGUCUUCUCCUGGAUGCCAGUCUGCAAUUUCUGGUCCUAAAUCAUGUGGAAAUAGCAAGUGUUCAGAUUCGAGAGACAAUAAUAGCUGCCUUUCACAUCCCAAUCAUCAAACAUGCACGUCCAAGGUAUGUGCUCAACCAAGCCCAUCUGCAACUUCAAGCACCAGGACAUGUGGAAAUACGAAGUGCUUGGACACCAGUAGCAAGAAUUCUUGUCAUUUACAUGCUAACUCUGAACAGUACUCUUCAAAGAUGUCUGGUCCAACAUGCCAAAAUGUUAAUUCAGGUUCGAGAUCAUGCGGAAAUAAUAAGUGCCUAGACUCUGCAACUGAGCACGGUGUUCAUUCACUUAAUGAUCCACUCUAUGAGGAAAAGAUUUUGGAGAAGAAAAUCUUGGAUUUAGUCCGAGCAGAUUUGGAAUCAAAUCAUGAUGUUAUUCAUGGCUGCUCUGGCGAGGAACGUGAUCAUCAUCCAGAUUUAGACAAGGCAUAUGACAGUUGUGCAUUACAAGAAUGUUGUUAUUCUGUUCAAGGAAAUAUAACUGACGUAUCAGAAACUGGAAUGCAGGAAACUGCUCAUUGUUAUAGCACCAAUCAUCAAUGCCAAGCUGUAGUUUCAGGUUCGGUGACCUGCAGAAAUAAUAAAAGCCUGGACUCUCUCGACAACCAUGGAUGUCAUUCACAUGCUCAUCCACCCCACAAGGAGAAGGACGUGGAGGAACCACAUCAUUCUGUUGGUCAUGGCUGUUCGGACAAGGGACAUGAUCACUCACAUCCAGAGAAGGCAUAUGACAAUUGUGGACCACAAGAUUGCUGUUUUCCAGUUCAGGGCCAUGGCAUUGAAAUAUCCAAAAGUGGAAGUCAAGAAACUGCUCAUUUUGACAGCAUUAAACAGAGCAUGGUCAUCUCCAGCAGCUGCAAACAUACUCCAAAAGAUCAGGUAGCUCACUGUGGAUUUCACUCGAGAACUACCCCUACUGAUGAAGAACUAGCCAAGCUGGUUAGAAGAUGUUGCAAGUACAGAUCAUGCCACGAUGUCCAUUCUGGAUGCAGAAAGCAUGCUGCAAAAUGUGGUCCAGCCGUCCGAUCAACCAUCAAUAUCUUACGGGACAACCACCACCAUCAUCAUCAUCUCGACUGCAGCCGUCGUAUGGUUUGUUUGCCAUUGGAGAAGAGACACAUUGGUGGAUGCUGUGAGAGCUUCAGAAAAGAAUGUUGCCCCAAGAACAAUCAUUUGGCAUCUAGUUUUGGUGGAGGUUUAUCAGAAAUUGUCAUAGAGUAAGAUGCAAUCUGAAGUGUAAAUAUGUUGCAACUUUUCUAUCUAUUUUAUCUCAAAGAAGCUGAGCUGCUAUUUUGUAUGAACGUAGCUAUUACAACGGAUUGUAUAUUAAUCCUAAGAACGGUUUGUGUAUUAUUGUAUUCUCUCAAAGUUGGGAACAUCAAUGCAUUUGUAUGAAAAAAUCAGCUCAUGUUGAAGGUCAA